AUGGUACUUCCGGCUAAAGGUCUACUCAGAUGGAACACCAAGUUGUCCUACCUUGAUGUGUCCGGGUCAAGCUUGAAAUCACUUCCGGGUGACAUUCUAAGAUGGAACCUAUUGUUAGAUACGGUAUUUCUCAGCGGCAACAAGCUGUCCUCUGUGCAUAUCACCCAGUGUGGCACGGUGCGUGUCGUCGACUUGUCUAGUAACAAUAUUGACCAGCUCACAAAUGAUACUUUUACCUUCACUUGUCAAACGGAUGUACUCUACCUCACAUACAAUCCCAUCCGAACAGUUGAUCCUGGUGUAAUUGCAUCACUACAAGUCCGAGCAUUAGUGCUAGGAGGAAACAAACUGACUGUAGAGGUGGUUAAAGAUAUCUUUACUGGCAUCUCUGGAUCGACGAUCGAGAACCUCGCAAUCAUAGCAGCAGAGCUUUGUAGCCUCAGCUUCCCCCUCGUCUGUUUGCUUCCCCUCGCUGUCAUUAGCCUGGUGGUCAUUGUCGUGCUCGUUUACCACUAUCGAUGGCAGUUGAGGCACAGGCUCUUUCUCCUGAGACUGGCCGCCAUUGGGUACAAGGAGAUACAAGACGCCCGGGAACACGAUGAUUACGAGUUCGACUUGAACAUCAUUUUCUACGACGAUGACGAAGAAUGGGUCCGUGAACACCUUCGGUUAGCCAUCAGAGACCGGCUCCCGCAGUACCAGAGGAACGUCUUUGGUGAUGAGGACCUCGUCUUGGGUAUGCACUACUUGGAGUCGGUCGACUAUGUGGUGAGGGGUAGUUACAAGACCGUUGUGCUGCUCAGCAGGGCCGCUGUCGGUGAUCGCUGGUUCAUGCUCAAGUUCCGUACGGCCAUGGACCAAGUGAGUGAUACCCAGACCGAGUUUGUCCUCGUAAUUUUCCUGGAAGACAUCCCUGACGAAGAACUACCCUUCUUGGCAAGGUUGUACCUAAGUGAUGGCAGACCCUAUCUGCAUUGGCCUGAAGACGUUAGGGGACAGGAAUAUUUCCUUGAUGAACUGACCAAGAACCUGACCAUUAAUCUAAAGACGAACGAUUUGAUUCCUAACGCUUUGUAUCCGUUUCCACGAUGUUACACGACGGAGUAA